AUGGGGAGCAACAGCACGGCCAACUGCGCCACCGUGCCACAGCCACCGCCGUCGACAGGGAAGCUCAUCACGAUUCUGAGCAUCGAUGGCGGCGGCAUCCGCGGCCUCAUCCCGGCGACCAUCAUCACAUACCUCGAGGCCAGGCUCCAGGAGCUGGACGGCCCAGAUGCUCGGAUCGCCGACUACUUCGACGUGAUCGCCGGGACGAGCACCGGCGCCCUGCUCACGUCGAUGCUGGCGGCGCCCGACGAGAACAACCGGCCGCUGUUCGCUGCCAAGGACCUCACCACGUUCUACCUCGAGAACGGCCCCAACAUCUUCCCACAGAAAAAGGUGGGGUGGCUGACGCCGGUGGCCAACCUGAUCGGCACGAUGAGGGGUCCCAAGUACGACGGCGUGUUCCUGCACGACAAGAUCAAGAGCCUCACGCACGACGUGCGGAUCGCGGACACGGUCACCAACAUCGUGGUGCCGGCGUUCGACGUCAAGUACCUGCAGCCGAUCAUCUUCUCCACGUACGAGGCCAAGAGCGACGCCCUCAAGAACGCGCACCUUUCCGACAUCUGCAUCAGCACGUCGGCGGCGCCCACCUACUUCCCCGCGCACUACUUCACGACGGAGCCCGGCCCCGGGGACGGGCGGCCGCCGCGGGAGUACCACCUCGUCGACGGCGGCGUGGCGGCCAACAACCCCACGAUGAUCGCCAUGUCCAUGCUCACCAAGGAGGUGCUCCGCCGGAACCCGGACUUCAACCCCGGGAAGCCGACCGAGUACCGGAACUACCUCGUCAUCUCCCUCGCCGAGAAGUACACCGCGCCGCAGUGCGCCAAGUGGGGGCUCAUCCAGUGGCUCUACGAGGGCGGGUUCAACCCCAUCAUCGACAUCUUCUCGCACGCCAGCGCCGACAUGGUCGACAUCCAUGCCGCCGAUGAUUCUCUGACGGGCCAUGCGUCGUCGGUGGACAUCGCGACGAAGGAGAACAUGGAGGCACUGAUUGGGAUUGGGAAGCAGCUGCUCAAGAAGCCAGUGUCGAGAGUGAACAUCGACACGGGGAUGUACGAGGCCGUCGCCGGAGAGGGCACCAACGAGGACGCGCUUGCACGCUUCGCAAAGAUGCUCUCCGACGAGCGGCGGCUGCGCCAGACCAACCUCAACUCCUACUAG